AAAUGAGCAAGCCUGGUCGACGUAAGAAGGAUGCUACUUCAAAUUUUAUGAUUGACCCAAAAACAAGGAAGGCUUCUCUAGUCCGAUUAAAAAAGGAAGCUAAAGAUGAGUCUCGAACGAUGACAAGAAUGUUCAAUUCCUUAUUUCGUGCUGGUCGUCCGGAAGGAUGUUUUUGUGGUGAAUGUCAACUUCCUAUGGUCGAAAUUCCUCGAUCGGAGUUUCAUUCUUUUGAUCAUUCAUCGGGGGAAAGUGAAAGCAUGAGACUGUCUGGGAUGUCACAACAUUUUUUAUCUGGAUUUGCGGAAAUUCCUGUUGAAACUCAAUUCAGCUCUUCACCGGAACCACAGGCAGGACCGUCGUCGGAACCACAGACAGGUGUUUCAUGGGAACCUCAGGCAGGACCGUCGUCAGAACCACAGACAGGUGUUUCAUGGGAACCUCAGGCAGGACCGUCGUCGGAACCACAGACAGGUGUUUCAUGGGAACCUCAGGCAGGACCGUCGUCAGAACCACAGACAGGUGUUUCAUGGGAACCUCAGGCAGGACCGUCGUCGGAACCACAGACAGGUAAAUAUCAAUUGAUGAAUAUAUAUAUUUCCUUACCGUUGUGUUUGUUGUUAUGAUUCAAAAAAAACUUUUUAAAUUAAUUGGAUUUGUUUGUUUAUUUCAGUUACAGGUGUCAAACGUGAAUCUGAUGGGGAGAUAAUUUGUCCCAAAAUUAAACUAAGGAAAUUGGACUCACUUUUUGAAACAAAUACUCCGCUAUUCAGUAGCAAUGCAUUGUGGUAUAAACUGCCAGAAUGUCCACCUGGUGGAGAUGAGGAUCCCCUAAAACUUCCUCUAUGUGUUUGUGGAAAUUGUUGUUUUUAAAAACUCCUCUUCUUUAUUUUUUUUUUUACACAUAUAUACAUAUAUAAUUUUUAGUAUAAAUAUUUCAGUAUGACUUGAUUUUUAUAGUAUGAAUGCAAGAGUGUUUUUUGAAUAAAUUUGAUACAUUUCCAUAAAUUUAUGGUUUUUAAUAUUACCUGAACACAUAUAUCUCUCCUUUUU